AUGGAUUACACCGGCGGCACCGCGGAGGCCGAUCACCUCUGCGUCUUGGUCCACGGGCUUUGGGGUAACCCCAACCACAUGGCCCAGAUCGCCAAAACGUUGCGAGCCAAGUACCCGGCCGAUAAACUUUAUCUGUUGCUCGCCAAGCGCAACAGUGGUUCAUUUACCUAUGAUGGCAUUGAACGGGGCGGUGAGCGUGUGUGUGCCGAGAUCGAGGAGGAGCUGCGCCUGAUCGAGGAGAGGGGUGGCAAGAUUACCAAGCUGAGUAUCGUGGGAUACUCUCUCGGUGGACUCGUCUCCCGCUACGCUGUGGGUUUGCUUCAUUCCAAGGGCAUUCUCGAUAGUGUGGAGUGCAUGAACUUUGUCACUUUCGCGACGCCGCACCUGGGAGUACGCACCCCGCUGCGAGGAUGGCACAACCACUUGUGGAAUGUGCUGGGCGCCCGCACUCUGUCCAUGUCCGGCCGCCAGUUGUUCACCAUCGAUAACUUCCGCGGCACUGGCCGACCGCUCCUCGCCGUUCUCGCCGACCCCAACUCCAUUUUCCUCGCCGGCUUGAAGCGCUUCAAGCGCCACACGCUUUACACCAACAUCGUCAACGACAGAAGCGCAGUGCACUACACCACCGGCAUUUCCAAGACCGAUCCGUAUACCAACCUUGACAGAAUCAGAUGCAACUACGUCAAGGGAUACGAGGAUGUUGUUCUCGACCCGAACCACCCGGUUGCUCCAAAGCCCAAGGUCUCCGGGCCAACCACUCUCUCAUCGGUUGCCGGCGCCGGCUGGAAGUGGAUCCAACGCGUGCCCUUCGCCCUCGCCCUUGCCAUCUUCGUCCCUAUUGGUGUCAUUGCAUUUCUCUUCAGCUCCGUCGUCCAGACAGUCCGUUCGUCGAAGCGCAUCCAGCUGCACGAGAAGGGUCUCGCGGGCGUGGCCAUCGAGGAGUACCGCGGCCCGCUGUGGAUGAAGGAGAUUCGCGAGGAAGUGGAACAUGUCUAUGAGACGCUCAACAGCUCGCAAGACCAAGAGUACCUGGCGAGCGAGACGGAUGAGGACCUGGACGAUGCUGAGAUGGAUCGCAGCACGACGCAGCUCCUUGCCCGGGAGAGGCGCAUGUCGGUGCCAUCGCAGCCCACGCUCGCGCUGGCGCCCUACCAGUUCCAGAUGAUCCAGAAUCUCGACUCGGUCGGCUGGCACAAAUAUCCUGUGUGGAUCCACAAGGACCGCCACAGCCACGCCGCCAUCAUUGUACGCUGGGAGAAGAAGUCCUUUGCAGAGGGGCAUGUCGUGCUCAAGCACUGGCUGAACGAAGAGUUCAUCGUCUAG